GCCAGCAGAAAGAAUCGCAUCCCGGGCGUGUUCCACGCAAAAUGCUUUCCUCAACCCCAAACCCAAAUCAGCAGGAGGAGUUUGAGGAGGAGGAGGAGGUGAAGAAGAAGAAGAAGAGGAAGCUCCUUCAAAAUCACCAAUCCAACCAAGAAAAUGCUAGUGCUAGUGCUAGUGGUAGUCCUACGCGCCGCUUGCUCGCCGCCGCCGCCUACUUCCUAAGCUGCGGCAACUUCGCCGAGUGCAGAAAAUACGCCCUCCGUGCUAGGGAUUCCGACGCCACCAGCCCUCAGCCCGCCCGAAUUUUAUCCAUAGCAUCCGUGCUUUCUGCGCCCAAUGUUUCUUCGAAUCUAUCCGAUUACUAUUCUAUACUCAACCUUUCCAGGUUUGAGUCCAAUGUUGCUCGGAUUCGGUCCAAUUUCGACGAAUUAGCAUCCACUUUAAACCCUAAAGUGAAUGAGUACCCGCUUUGCUCUGAAGCGCAUCGUUUGGUGAUGAAAGCUUGGGGCGUCCUUUCCAGCCCAAGCGAGAAGGCCAAGUUCGACGACCAGUUGCGGAGGAAUUUCGGUGGUUGUACGCCGCGGAGUGGCACUUGUACGUUUUGGACGGUAUGCCCUUAUUGUUAUUACGUCUACGAAUACGAUGGGGCUUUUAAGGAUUGUUCUUUACGGUGCACGAACGAGAGGUGCCGGCGAGUGCUGCACGCAUUCGAAAUUAUGGCGCCGCCGCCGCCGCCGGAGGUGGUGGAGAGAGGUUAUUAUUGGAGCCCGGGGUUUGUUCAGUUGGCAUCAUCAGGAGAUGGCAAUGGCGACAAUAUGUGGGUGCCGUUUGAUUGCCCGGUGAGUAAACAGUCAGAUUAUGAUAUCCAAUACAAUGGCAAUAUGGAGAAUACAGAUGGGAAUUUUGGUGAAUUUAUGGGGAAGGGUUCUAAGAGGAGGAAGUCGCAUGUGCAUUGGGAUACAAAGAAGUCAAUGGGGCAAGGGGACCAUUGCUCUGUCGGAGAUGGAAAUGAGGAGGAAGGGCAUUCGGAGUCUGGUUUUGAAGGGUUAGCAAAGGAUGGUGACAAGGGAGUAGUUGAGUUUUUCGAUGGGGAAGAUGAUGUGUUGGUAGCGGUGGAAGUUUCAAGAACACUGUGGAAUUUGUUUUGUAAGUAACAAGCUUUUAAAACAAAUAACACGGGAACGGAUCGAUCCUUCAUCACAUGUUGAUUGCUCCAGAAUAGUCAUAAUUGUAUAGCUAAAAUCAAAAUGUUUGUUGAUGCUUGGAUGGGGUGCGGGCAAGCAAAUCAGCUGAAGUGCUAUCGAUAUAUCUUACUUAGAACCAGAUAAUAUGUGUCCCUACAACUAACUCAAUGAGUCGAUGUAGAUCUAUUAGUUUUGUAUAGAACUAUAUAUAGAAAACUGAGUUAUAUGUAUAACUAAUUUUAUAUUGGGUGUGGGUGGGAUGUGGUCUACUAAAUGGAGUCGAGUUUUAUUAAGCUUGAGUUGACAGCUAAUAUGUAUAAUGUGAAUGAUAUUUGAGAUUGAACUUAACUCAACUGGAAAGAGUGAGUGAUGGAUGUGUUGUUGGAAUGAAUUGAAAAGGAAGCCUAUGAUCUGUCGUGUUGAAAUGUUGAAAUAAUUGAGAGUUUAUGUUCUCUAAACCUAUGGCACAAUCCUUCUGAAAAAACAGAUAUGGCUUCUGCUGUUACUUCCACGAUGAAAUAUGAAAAUUAAUGGUUGUUGCAUAUCUGAGAUUACAAUCCUACUUUAUAUCUCUCAUCGUCAGGUUAAUAAAUUACCAUCUGGGCAUAGGAGAUGCUCAUUUACUAAAUAGAUUUAAAUCAUUUAAUAUAAAACUUAAUCUGAUUGAUAACCCUAAUAGUUAUAUUUACCCUAUAAUAUUUUUAAUCAGUCUAUUUAUGGCUUAAGAAAAUAAGUUGGACUCUUUUCUCUUAUGAGCAUGCCAUUGCCUUGUUUUUUUCUACUAUAAUCAUUUGGGUACAAGAUUCUCACACCAAAACUGCAGGCAUAGAUAUACCUCUUGGGUGCGUUUGUUUGGAGAAUUGGAUUUUAAAUUUAUUAUUCAUUCUAUUUUUUCAUUUCAAAACAUCAAAUCAAACGCUUAUUUUUUAUUUUUUAUAUUAUAUUAAAAAUUAAUUUUA